AUGAGCAAUCCCUCUGCAGGACCUCCACCGCCAACAGGCGCACCACAACCUCCACAGGCGCAGCAGCACGAGAAUGAGAAGCUACCCACGCCAACGGCAGGCCCAAAGUCGCCUCAGCAGAUUGAACACAAUCGAGACCCAACCGAGACGUCCAUCUCUGGACCAGAGCCACUCAACAUCAUCAUCCUAGGCGCUUCAUUCGGUGGUCUCUCCUGCGCCCAUCACUUCCUCGACUACACCCUCCACCGCCUGCGCACCACCUCCACCGCCCCGAACUACCGCCUCAUCAUCAUCUCCCCCUCCACCCACAUCUACUGGAACAUCGGCGCCCCACGCGCCCUCGUCAAAGGCGGCCUCCUCAAACAUGAAGACACCUUCAUCGCCAUCGAGCCCGGCUUCGCCCGCCACAAAGACCUCGACUGGACCCUCAUCCAAGGCAAAGCCCUCAACGUCAACCCAGACGACCGCACCGUCAAGAUCGAAUGCUUCAACUUCGAAGCCCAGAAGCGCUGCUCCAUCCUCCUCCCGCGCCGCAACUCCAAAUCCCUCGACGCCAACGCCGGCCCGGGCUCCUCCCUCAACCGCAUCCAAACCCUCGACUACCACGCCCUGAUCAUGUGCACCGGCACCUCCGCCCACAGCGACCUCCUCUCGCUCCACGGCCCGCACCUCGAAACCGCCGACGCCCUCAACCGCUUCCACACCCAAGUCUCGCAAGCCAAAUCCAUCGUCAUCUGCGGCGGCGGCACGUCCGGCGUCGAAGUCGCCGGCCAACUUGCCACCUUCCUCAACCACACCCGCCACUUCCCCUUCCGCCGCCGCAUCAAGACCCCCAAACAAAUCAUCCUCAUCACCGGCGGCGACCGCUGCCUCCCCGGCAUCGGCAACGCCUCCGUCGGCCUCAAAGCGGAAAAACUCCUCGCCAAACUCGGCGUCGAGGUCAAACACAACGUCCGCGUCCUGCGCGCCCAGGAAUGGUUCGACCAAACCGGCGCCACGCGCAUCGACCUCUCCGACGACACCCAGCUGAUCGCCGACGUCUACGUCGCGUGCACCGGCGUCGCGCCCAACUCCGACUACGCCCCCUCCUACCUUAAAGACGACCGCGGCUACAUCCUCACCAACAACGCCACCAUGCGGUGCGACCUCGCCGGCGACCGCGUCUACGCCCUCGGGGACGUCGCCUCGUAUAGCCAGAACUACGUCCCGGACGUGUACGCCGCCGUCCCCGUCGUGAUGCACAAUAUGCUGAAUGAUCUGCUCGCGUAUGAACUGCACCUCGCGUCGCCGUACGGCGGGAACGAGGAUCGGAUUGAGCAGUUGGUUGAUGAGAGUUAUGCGCAGCGUCCGAAUGAUAGCCAGCUGUGUCCGAUUACGAGGUUUGGGGGCGUGGGGAUUUUGUUGGGGCUUAAGUUGCCGAAGGUUAUGGUGCAUUUGCUCAAGGGGCAUGAUUAUCGGGUUUGUAAGGCUAAGGGGGUUGUGGUUGAUGGGGGCAAUCCUUAUGCUGUGCCGGUUACGCCGGGGAAGUAUGAGUAG